GACGAGGCCGCGUCUGAAGAUGUCACUACUUGCAUCCCCUUCGGCGGAGUGUUUGACUCGUGGGAAGCCAUGGAGGAGACCUUUGCCCAAACGAGCAACUCUAUUACAGACAGGAACCGCAGCCGUUCUCGUCAAGCCCAACAGUCCGGAUCCCAGCCAAUUCUAUGGGAUGAAUCGCUGGGCAACUAUACAAAGUCAUGGGUGUGCACGCACGGUGGCUCAUUCCAAUCACGGAGGGCUGGGACUCGUACGAAUCAUACUACCCGUCGCAUAGAGUGCCCGGCUAAGCUCAACGCAUUGCUCUUUCAAGAUGCGGGUGGGGUGUUCCGAGUGGGUGGAAAGACUCAAGUGCAUACGCACUCUCACCAAGUUGAUGCCAACGUGUUCAACACGUAUCCCGAGGAGGUACCAAGAGGAAGAAGAUCCUCCAUUACUUGAAAGAGGUGUCCGAGAAGCCGAUUCACUUGCAGGAUGUGAACAACUUGAUUGCGAGAUGCGGCGCGAUUCGUAUACUUUGCCUGACGACAACAUCCGAGUGACCGAGCUGAUGCAGGAUUUCAGCGAAGGCCCUGGCAAUGUGGUCAACGUUUUCCGGGACGUCGACACUAAGCUGACAAGUUGCGUCACUUUCCAGACUUGUCAUAUGAGAAGAAUGACUCGUUUGUUUCUUGAGGUCAUGUGCGUUGAUGCUACGCACGGCACCAAUAUCAACAGGUGAGUGGUUGGACAAUUUCGUUUUGUUGGUGCAGUUGGUGCGCAGUUGGUUUAAGUUGUAUGAGAAUUGGUGAAACCAACUAAUACACAACUUUGUUGGUGUGCUGUCAGAUACCGCCUCAUCAGUUUCAUGCUGACAGACAAGUUUGGGAGUGGAGCUUUUGCUCAACACUCACUUAUCGAUGGGGGAGUUGUGUCGAUACAAGAUCCUUUGCUAGGUCUUUUACGGCAUGGGCGUUAACCUCAAUGAAUGAAUGAAUUCAUAACUUG